UUACACCGGGAUAAACUGAAGGCCCGACACUCGGACUCCCGACUGGCCUCCGGACAGGACGUGACUUCAACUCAUCUGCAACAUGUUGGUCAUCUUCAUCCUUGCUGCACUGGGUCUCGUGCACGGCUUCGACAAUCCGUUGUGCAUCGCGAGGAAAUGUCCAUCAGGCACAUUCUGUCGCAUCGUCGUUGACUCGACAACAGGUGUUUCAUCUCCGAAAUGCUUGAAGGGAGGCUACUGUCCCGAGCCCCCGCUAUGGGAGGGGCUGCUGUUUGGAGGCAAGCAGUGUCAGAGGCAGUGUGAGGAGGACACGGACUGUGCGGGGGGACAGAUCUGCUGCAACGACUUCUUUGGUUGUGGCAAGAAGUGCAGAGAUCCCCUCCCUGAGUACACGUGCGAUCAUUUGAGAUGUAACGAGGGUCAGACGUGCGUCAUGAAGGAGACUCAGUGCUCGAGGCCUGUGUGCUUCCCAACGCCCACCUGCAUCAGCAGCACUUGCAACCCUGUGUGCGGGUCAGGACUGACGUGUGAGAUGGACGUGGAUCCAUCCUGCACCAAAACACCUUGUCCGCUCGUGCCCCGAUGUCUGCCAAAAGUUCCAACUUGCUCCCCUCCGUGUGCCGCUGGGUACUCGUGUUUGUUGACACAAGCCGCCGGGUGCAUCGCGCCGCCAUGUCCCAAGGUACCCCAGUGUCGGCCCCAGUGCCUGGCCUACCCCGGGGGUAUCAAUGAAAGCAACUGCAUCGUGACUGACUUGUGCUCCUCGUCCAACUCUCUCGCCCAGAACCAGUGUGUGAAUGGAACUGUGUGUUGUCAGACCGUGUGUGGACGUCGCUGUCUGCCGCCAAGACCCCUGUGAGGGAUGAGCAUCUCCCGAUGAGCAUCCGUUGUUGUCCGUCACAGACUGCCCCACCAUGUUACACUUCUGUCAUUGAACUUCAAUCUGGGUUUCCAUACAUGUCUUUCCUAACCAGACAUUAUAUUGUCACAAAAAGUAACCUUUAUCUGGCUAGUGUUUAAUAAAGGACCAUAAACAUAUAUUUAACGAAAAACGAUUGAUUUAUGAGAGAAACUCCUUUGAAUGGUUAAAAAUUUUUGUUCUCAAAUGUGGGAAUGUAACCUUUACAUCGUCUUCAGCUUUUCAUUAAAAAAAUGUAUGUGAGAAAUACAGAUUUACUUAUGUGCGCCAGAAUGUUCAGGAACUUAAAACCUUACACUGACAAAGAAAUCAAAAGGAAGACGACGAAAAAUGUAUCAAGUAA